AUGGCGCUGAAAUUUCAUCAGCAGAUUAUAUCAGAUCUUCUCGAGGACUCUAAUGGCGGACUAGUGAUCCUCUCUUCUGGUCUCUCCCUCGCUAAGUUAAUCGCUUCUCUUCUUCUCCUUCACUCGCCGUCCCAAGGGACACUACUUCUCCUCCUCUCUCCCGCCUCUCAAUCCCUCAAAUCCAGAAUCCUACAUUACAUCUCCUCCCUCGAUUCCUCUCCUCCGUCGGAAAUCACCGCCGAUCUUCCGGCGAAUCAGCGUUACUCGCUCUACUCCUCCGGGCUUCCUUUCUUCAUCACGCCGCGGAUUCUAAUCGUCGAUCUCCUCACUCAACGGAUUCCAGUUUCUUCACUCGCCGGAAUCUUCAUCCUCAACGCUCAUUCCCUCUCCGAAACCUCGACAGAAGCCUUCAUCGUCCGAAUCGUCAAAACCCUAAAUGGCUCCGCUUAUGUACGCGCCUUUUCCGAUAAACCGCAAUCUAUGGUCUCCGGUUUCGCCAAAACCGAACGCACAAUGCGAGCUCUCUUCCUCCGCAGACUCCACCUAUGGCCCAGGUUUCAAUUGGAUGUGUCUCAGGAAUUGGAGAGAGAACCGCCAGAGGUAGUGGAUAUAAGAGUAUCAAUGUCGAAUUACAUGGUGGGAAUACAGAAAGCAAUCGUUGAAGUUAUGGACGCUUGCCUCAAGGAGAUGAAGAAGACGAACAAAGUGGAUGUGGAUGAUUUGACUGUAGAGAGUGGUUUGUUCAAGUCCUUUGAUGAGAUUGUGAGGAGGCAGCUUGAUCCAAUCUGGCAUACUCUGGGGAAAAGAACAAAGCAACUUGUUUCUGAUUUGAAGACUUUAAGGAAGUUGCUUGACUAUCUUGUUAGGUAUGAUGCUGUGAGUUUUCUGAAGUUCUUGGAUGCACUAAGGGUAUCGGAGAGCUAUCAAUCUGUUUGGUUAUUUGCAGAGUCCAGCUAUAAAAUAUUUGAUUUUGCAAAGAAACGAGUGUAUCGUCUCAUGAAGGCAAGUGAUUUCAAGUCUAAAGAACAUGUUAAGAAUACAAGUAGUAAAAAGAGAAAGUCAAAUGCCUCUGCAGAAGCAGUUGGUGGUAGUGCAACGGUGGCUACUGGCGUUGUUCUUGAAGAAGUUUUAGAAGAGCCACCAAAAUGGAAAGUCUUACGUGGGAUUUUAGAAGAGACGCAAGAGGAAAGAAAAAAGCAGACUCUUUUUGAAGAAGAAGACUUCAGUGAAAACAAUGGAAUAGUUCUCGUGGCUUGCAAAGAUGAACGUUCCUGCAUGCAGCUUGAAGAUUGCAUCACAAACAAUCCACAAAAGGUAAUGCGGGAAGAGUGGGAAAUGUACCUGCUGAGCAAAAUUGAGAUCCGGAAUGUGCAGACACCGCAGAAGAAGAAACAAAAAAGGGCUCCCAAGGGUUUUGGGAUUCUUGAUGGAGUAGUUCCGGUGACUACAGUGCAGAGCUCUGAGGGUAGCAGUGUUUGCAGACAAGAGCAUGAGGCUCUCAUGGCUGCUGCGUCCUCUAUUCGCAAGCUAGGCAAGACAAUUGGUAUGGCGUCUGAAAAUAAGAAUCCAGAGCCUCAUGUUGAUAAGGCUUCCUCUACCAAAGGAAAAGGUAAAAAGGAAUCGCCAAGUCUUCGGAGAUCCAUUAGAAGUUGCAAUACGAAAACGGUGAACAGUGAACCCGAAACUGUAUCAGUCUCAGAGAAUGACGAAAAAGCUAGUGAAGCAAGCACAUCAGGCGCAAACGAUGUUCACUCCAGCAGUGCUAGGAAGAAGCUACCGCCUGUGCAUUUCUAUGCCUUGGAAAGCGAUCAACCGAUACUUGAUGUUUUGAAACCGUCAGUGAUCAUUGUCUACCAUCCUGACAUGGGAUUCGUCAGAGAAAUCGAGGUGUACAAAGCAGAGAACCCUCUUAGAAAGCUGAAAGUUUAUUUCCUUUUCUAUGAUGAGUCCACAGAAGUGCAGAAGUUCGAAGCAAGCAUACGCCGUGAAAAUGGAGCGUUUGAAUCAUUGAUCAGGCAGAAGGCUACGAUGAUCAUUCCCGUCGAUCAGUAUGGGGUUUGCAUGGGGUCGAAUUCAUCUACGGAUUAUCCAGCUUCGAGUACUCAAAACUCGUUAACCCGAAAAGCAGGUGGAAGAAAGGAAAUCGAGAAAGAAACACAGGUAAUAGUUGACAUGAGGGAGUUUAUGAGCAGCCUCCCAAAUGUUCUUCACCAGAAGGGCAUGAAGAUAGUACCGGUUACACUAGAGGUCGGCGACUAUAUCCUUUCGCCUUCCAUAUGCGUCGAGAGGAAAAGCAUUCAGGAUCUUUUCCAGAGCUUCACAUCAGGUCGUUUGUUCCACCAAGUCGAAAUGAUGUCUCGAUACUACAGAAUCCCCGUUCUUCUCAUCGAGUUCUCUCAAGACAAGAGCUUCUCCUUUCAGUCUGCGAGUGAUAUAUCAGAUGAUGUGACUCCAUAUAACAUCAUAUCGAAACUAUCAUUGCUAGUUCUGCAUUUCUCUCGGUUAAGGAUACUAUGGUCUCGGAGUCUUCAUGCAACCGCUGAAAUCUUCACCGCCUUGAAAUCAAACCAAGACGAGCCCGAUGAGACCCGAGCUAUAAGAGUUGGUGUGCCUUCAGAAGAAGGUAUCAUAGAAAAUGACAUCAGAGCCGAGAACUACAACACGUCAGCAGUAGAGUUUCUGAGAAGGCUUCCUGGAGUUUCAGACGGUAAUUACAGAUCGAUAAUGGAGAAGUGUAAGAGUUUGUCUGAGCUAGUGUCUUUGCCUGUGGAGAAAUUAGCAGAAAUCAUGGGUGGUCACAAAGCUGCCAAGAGUCUCAGAGAGUUUCUUGACGCCAAGUAUCCGACUUUGCUUUAA